AUGGUUCAAUUCGAACGAAUAGUUCAGCAGAUUGGAAUGAACAUGUCAUGGAGGAAUCUGGGGUCCGGUGGGGAGUUUCUCGUACUUUCAGCUAGCGGAACGAGCGGGCUAAAGUGUAUGGUCAAAAGAGGGGAGGGAAUAGCGGCGAAUAUCACGGAUUCACGGAUUGAUACACAGGAUCAAGGCAUUUGCCCAAGCUUCCCGGGUCGGUUUUGUUCUUGUCGGCCAGUGGCUGUCGUUCACCUGAAAGGCACAAGUAGCACUAAUACAGAGGCUGCCCGAAAAGCGCACGGUCAAAUAAACCGCAAGCCACCUCAGAGGACUCGUCGUCUUCUGUAA